AUGAUACCCAAUGAGGUGCUUGCUCGGUGGGAUGAGUUGCUAUGUGAGUCACUGAUUCUUGCUGCCCAGAAGUUCUACUGUCCAUUUAAGGACUGUUCAGCCUUGUUGGUUAAUGACACUGAUGGAGUGAUUAGGGAGUCUGAGUGUCCCAUAUGCCGGCGAUUGUUCUGUGCGCAGUGUUCCGUGCCUUGGCAUUCAGGGAUUGGGUGUGAGGAGUUUCAGAGACUGAAUGAGGAUGAAAGAGGGAGGGAAGAUCUCAUGGUGAGAGAGCUUGCAAGAGACAGAAACUGGAUGAGAUGUCCUUGCUGCAAAUUCUAUAUGGAGAAGAACGAGGGCUGUUUACAUAUGACUUGCAGAUGUAAAUUCCAAUUCUGCUAUGCAUGUGGGGGAAAAUAG